GCGGGAUAAGCAUCUUCCCCGGGCAGCAGGUGAAAGGGACCAUUUGUCGAUAGUCUUCGACCCCCUCGCCCGCUUUUUGUGACUGACGCUGUGUAAAACCACCCGCCAUGAGAGCUACACCGGCCGUCAAGUUUCCUUGGUCUAAACUUCACCUUCCCCUGCCCCGCACCCCACGUCAGUCUAAGCAGCUCCUCAAUGCUAUCACAUCCUCCUUCCGUCGUCAGCUCGACCGUGAAUAUCCGACAAAUAAGCCUUCCUUGUCCAACCACAGCCAUGCCCCGGAAGAGCCUUCACCAGCAAAGUCCAAUUCCUCGGCCCAUGCGACGGAUCGACUGAUGCACAACAUCUUGAACAACCCUCUUUUCCGAGUGAAGCCCUCGGAGUCUGCUAUCUCCAGUAAUACGUCGGGCAUGCGCGAUGCCAAACAACGAAGAAUGCUGACAGAACCCAUGGUGGUAUUCGACGAAUUAGCCGCUGCAGGACACGUCGAGUCAAAGGACCUUUUCCUAUGUCUACAGUAUCAGUUGAUGCUUGCAAGGGCGAGUGGUGACGUCGUGAAGGCUAUGAAAGAUUCCAAAGCCGGCACCAAGGUUGUCAACUGGUGGCGUGCAUCAAACUGGGACGAUCGGGUGAAAAUAUUUCAACACCAAUCACCCAGACAAGUCCGACAAAAAUCCACCGGCCUACUACGAACGUCUACCACCUUGCUAAAGUUCAUGGUCGCAGAGGGCAUGCAAGAUACUGUCCUACUAUGGUGGAUGAAGUUGGCCGCUCCUGAUCCUAGAGAUUUCAGUAGUUAUAUCGAUCGAGACACUACAAAUUUGUGGGCUAGAUGCCUUCUAACUGAUCUUGUGGCCGCUGAAAUCCAAUAUGGGGGCGGCUUAGGCUCUGCUAUGCGGUACUAUGUGCAGGUGAACGACCUGUAUUUCUCCAAGUAUCCGGACGGCAAGCAUGACAAGAACAGCCUAUUUCGAAAUGCCGGUUACUAUCUGUUCAUCAACCUUAGUCUAGGGACGCCAGACAGCGGUGGCAAAAUUCCCACGAGCCUCUUCUCAGAAUACUCCAGGGCGUUCUCUCGUGCGUAUAAUUCGGAACUUAUCACAGCCUCUCUGGCUCUGCAUCAUCCCACACAACCCGAUCCGAGACCAUUCCUCCAAUUCGUUCGUGAUUAUGAUAUGGCGGCAUUGCAGGCACUAUCGAAAAUCAAACGACGCGUGUUCGCGCAUAGUUGCUCGGUUGCAAUCCGCAUCUUGACGGACCGGGGGAAGCAUAGGGAUGCCGCAUGGUUGUCAGGUGUCUUACGAUUGUCGGAUGAAACAAAGGUCGAACAUGACGCACCAGCAUCCGAGCAUGAAAAAUCAUCGCUUUCUGGGCUACUGCAAAUCGAGUUGGCCUUGACCUGAUCGAUGUAGUUAUUCACCUGCAAUGUUUGUGGUAUAAAUCUCGGAGAAAUUGGACUACAAUGCUUCCAUUACCCCGGGCAAAGCUGCAAAAUUGAUGUCUACCAUUCGAGUCACGAAUUCAGGCGGAAGAGCGCAGAUCGGGACAAGAUCCCUCAGCUAUGUCUGGCCGCCAGCCAGCCAGCACCAUCAAUGCCUGGAAGGUCACACUGAACCACCACCACCCUGGACACCAAUACUCCGCAUUCGGCUCCACACCUGCCGCUAAGGGAGGCUGUCUCCUCUUCUUGGCGUGCUUACACUCAAGGAAAGCCCCAACACAUCUAGGGCUUAUCUAUGGCCCCUCGAGCUGAGCAUCGGAUCAUC